UAAUAUUUUAGGCCCAUGAGGGAGCAGCGUGGAACCACCAUGGAGAGCCAUGGCGAUUCCUCGGAGGGUCGGCGACCUCGAGCCGUGUUCAUGGCGUUCGGCACCAAAGGCGACGUAUUCCCCGUCGCGGCCAUUGCUGCAGCAUUUGCAUGUGACCAGCAACACUACCAUGUGGUUUUUAUCACUCAUUCAGCUCAUCAGAGUUUGAGUGGAAAUUUGUCUGCAAAAAAUAUUACCUACAUGCCACUGUCCGCUCCACCCGUUCUUCCGGCUCACUAUCAUGGCGAUAUCUCAGAUGUUGACAAAGCGUCUUUUUCCCUGAGGAAAGAGCUCAUUCAGACAGAAAAUAGACAGGAAUGUUUAUCUGCACUAGAAGAAAUUUUUAGAGAUGCUCCAGGCACUGAGGGUGAUUUCAUUGCGAUAAAUUUCUUUGCUUUGGAAGGCUGGCAUCUUGCGGAAUUAUUUCAAGUUCAAUGUGUUGUUACUGCUCCUUAUGUUGUUCCAUAUAGUGCACCUUCAUCAUUUGAACGUCGGUUUAAACAAGAUCUUCCUCUGCUGUACAAAUAUUUCCAAGAUGCUCCUGCAAACAUGGUUUCCUGGAAGGAUGUCAUCCACUGGAUGUGGCCACUCUUCAUGGAAAACUGGGGAUUGUGGAGAAGUAAUACUUUAAAUCUAAGUCCUCUUCCUUUCACGGAUCCAGUAACAAAUCUUCCGCUGUGGCACAUGCGAACUCAAUCACCAGUUCUGCUGUAUGGAUUCAGCAAGGAAAUUGUCGAGUGCCCAGGGUAUUGGCCACCAAAUGCUCAUAUCUGUGGUUUCUGGUUUCUUCCUAUGGAGUGGCAAUUCUCGUGCAAUAAAUGUGCAGAAAAGUUUUCUCUGCAUUCUUAUGGAUCAUUGACUCCAGUGAAGGAACUAUGUCCAAUUCAUGCUGACCUACAGCACUUCCUCAGAGAAAGGUCUACCCUAUGCUUACCAAUAUUUGUUGGGCUAAGUUCUAUUGGAAGCAUGGGCUUUCUUAGAAACCCUCGAGCAUUUCUUAUGGUGCUUGGAGCUGUGAUAGAGACCACAAAUUAUAAAAUUAUUUUUUUCUCAUCUGGAUACAAGCCAUUAGAUACUGCUAUCCAAUCUAUUGCUAGUGCAUCAUCAACUGCAUUGAAGCCAUGCACUUCCUGUGGUGAUAGCACUAUCCUCUUCAAUGGCCGGCUCUUUUGCUUUUCUGGCUCUGUUCCAUAUAGCUGGAUUUUUCCUCAAUGUGCCGUUGCAGUUCAUCAUGCUGGCAGUGGCACUACUGCUGCUGCAUUACAUGCAGGAAUCCCUCAGGUAGUGUGUCCCUACCUACUAGAUCAAUUUUACUGGGCUGAGAAGCUGUGCUGGCUUGAAGUUGCUCCAGAGCCAUUACAGAGACAGCAUGUGACUCCGGAUAGUGAUGAUUCAGCAAGCAUUGUUGAAGCUGCUGAGGCCCUCUCAAGGGCCAUUAGAUUGGCACUCACCCCUGAGAUGAAAGAACAAGCGGCGAAGAUAGCCGAGAGAGUAUCAUCUGAGGAUGGUAUUGGAGAAGCUCUUAAAGUUUUAAAGGAAAAGGUGGCCUCUCCAUUCAAAAGGCGAAAGGACUAGAUGCUCAUAAUCAUCCAAGAGACGCUGCACAUGUUAUAUUCUGUGAAAAGUUGAUAGCAAAGAAGUUAAACUGGCUGUGUGACUUGGACUAAUUCAAAAUGUAAUUUAUGGUUCAAUUGGAUAUUCUUUGCUGCCCCACACUCUGAAUUAAUUAUAGCACUGCUUGAGUUUCUGCUAAUACAAAAUACAGCAUUGAGUUAAUAAUAGCUGUUCAUCACCCAAAA